UGGGGUGUUCAUUUCCACUUCAACUAUGGCGACCGUCGAAAGGAAAACGAUAGAAAACAUUCGCCAAAUUUCACCAGAAAUGUUAGCCCAAUUAAUUAAUUGCUUCGUUCAUAUUACACUGGAAGAAAAAGAAGAAUUAUCUGGUUGGAUUUGUACGAUUGAUCCUGUAUCUUACACAAUUGUAAUCGCUAAGGACUUAGAAGGGACUCAUGAAGAAAAUAAAUCGGUAGUGUUUGUAAUGGAAAAAGCUGUAAAGCAAAUUUACGUAGUCGGAAAAGUCGGAAAUGAACCAUCAUGGGUUAAGAAUUUUGCAUUCAAGAAAAAAGCAAAUCAUACAGACGAAGAACUCCGUAAACGCAAAGAGAAAUUAAUCAAAUGGUUAGAGAAAAAUCGUGUGCCAAUUCUUGCUGAUUCGGCAGAAACAGAAAACAUCCGAGUUGUUGGAAGUCUGGUAAUAGAGCCACCUUAUGAUGAAAACUCAUGUGAAGGAACAAAUGAAAUAGUUUUAGCGAGGAUAAGAAAGCUGUUGUGUUCCAUGCCUAUAGAAUGAAGAGGCAGGUUAUUAAAGUUUUCAAAUCUUGGUUGCGAUUUCAAAAGGCAGACUAAAAUUAUUUUUGUACCACGCGCAAAUUGCUAAUUAAACUAUGUCACAAAGGGACAUUUCUUGACAUUUGAGUUGCCAUCAACAUGGAAUCAUAUAGUGGAUUUAAAAGUAAAGAAAAUGGAUAUGAAUGUGAUUGUAGCACAGACAAAGUUGAGAAGGUUUCACACCUCAACAAGUUAAAAAUUUUGUGUGAACAAAACAAGGAAUUGAAAAAUCUACUGCAGAUUGAACGAAGAAAAUCGGAAUCCUUAUGAGAACAAUUAAGACUUGGAAGGCCAAUUGAUACAGAAGAGAUUUCGGAAAAUUUCAUCGAACAUAUCAUGAUAAUGAUGAAAGAAAAAUUAGAGGAAAAAGAAAACCAUUUCGUACAUCUCGAGGGCUAACUUAAAAUGAUGAGCGACAAAAUUGCUUCGCAAGAGGAGCAAUUGACGCAAAACGCGUUGGAACAUGAGCAACAAGUUAAACAUUUUUUUUCACUAAAAGUAGUCACGUGAUGCCAGACACAUUUGUCAUGCUUCCAUUUCACGUUCGAUUUUUCAACAAUUAAAAAACGUGAAUACAGCACCAAGCAGUACAAUGACUACAAGAACGAUUUUUUGUGUAUUUUUUCUUAUUUAUCAAAUAUACAACGUGCAGGGGAAGAUGUCGAAAAAAGUCUAUCCGCCAAUGAAAGAGGACAUUCCAUUUAUUAAAUGUGGUGUUUGCCAGAAAAGUUUGAGAUACCUGUUUAGAAAAGUUAAAUCUAUGUGCGAGGACAGUAAAAAGGUUGGUGAAGAAAAGCUACAGGUGUUAGUUGAGAAGACAUGUAACCCAGAGAGAUUUGAAGGAGAAUGGCUGACCAAAUUAGAUAUAGAAGAAAAAAAUAAUGCUUUGAUAUUAUCUGAGCACGAGGAGUUGGGAUCAUGUCAGUCUGAGUGUCGAACUAUAGCUAAAGCAUGUGAUGAGACUAUUGGUGAAACUGACUUGGAUAUUGCUGAAGAAUUGUGAAAAAGUGAAAUGAUACUGUCUCAAAUGAUCAAUCAAGUAUGUCAUGAAGAGACUGGCGCAUGUACCAAAAAUGAAUUGACAUACAAAAGUGGAAACAGAAAGGACGAAACAUUCAAAGCAAUGUCUGAAGAUGAAAGAAAAGCUCAGGAGUACCUAAAGAAAGCAAGUGAAAUGCCUGGAAUGCCAAACAUGCAAUUGUAUUCACGUGAAGAACUGAUGCAACAGCAAGCAGAAAUGGAAGCAAUGCAAAGUCAACAUUCAGAAAAUGAAGUAGAAGAAGUAGAGAAUAUUUCCCAUGAUGAAUUGUCAUUAUGGCAGACAAUUGUUCAAAUGUUUACUAAUUGGUGGAACUGGCUCAAAAAUAUGUUAGGAAUUAAUUCCAAAAUGAUGAAGUCAGCAGAAUUAUGACAAGCACAAUUUUGUACUUGA